AAGGAAAGAUUCCAAUCAAAUCCACAAAUUUUAAACCUAAUCUUCCCACGUUGGAUUUAAUGUCAACUCUCUAAAAACUGACCUUUUCAUUUCAUACUUCUUUUAGAAAUUCAUUAAUUUAAUUUCUUUUUUGUUCUCCUAUAAAUUAUUUAGACUUAUUGUUCUAACAUAUAAUUUGAAACUUUGGAGUAAAGAUAUUAACAAAAUUCAUAAACAAGAUAUUCAGAGAGAGAUGAAGUUGGUUUGGUCUCCUGAAAAAGCAUCUAAAGCUUAUCUUGAUACUGUUAAAUCGUGCGGGUUAUUGCAAGAAUCCACAGAAGCAGAGUUAAUAUCAGCCAUGGCUGCAGGAUGGAACGCGCAAAUGAUCGUAGAGACAUGGUCUCGAGGUGGGGCUACAUCAACCAGCAUUGGCCUCUCUAACGCAAUUCAUCAAACAGGUGGUAGGCAUAUUUGCAUAGUCCCAAACGACGAUACAAAAACAGAGUAUAAAUCAAUUGUGGAGAAAAUCACCGGAAUGUCACCGGAAAUAGUCGUCGAUGAGGCGGAAGAAACAUUGGAGUCAUUAACGGGGAUCGAUUUUCUGGUUGUGGAUUGUGAAAGAAAUGAUUUUUCGACGAUUUUAAAGGUGGUUAAAUUAGGAAACAGGGGAGCAGUUUUGGUAUGUAAAAAUGUGAGUUCGAGAGCUGUUUCAGAUUUCAGAUGGAGGAGUGUUCUUGAUGAAAAAUCAAAAAUCGUUCGGUCGGUUUUUUUACCGGUCGGAAAAGGAUUAGAUAUUGCUCAUGUAGGGGCUGUCGCCACCGGAAAGAGUGUCUACGGUGGGAAGAUGGAAAAGAAAUGGAUUAGAAGGUUUGAUAGAGAAUCUGGUGAAGAGUUUGUGAUUCGGAAGUGAAUUUAGGUGAACUAUCUAAACCUCGACUAAUUCUUCAAGUACCUGUUAUCUACAGAUAUCGAGCAACUCUAUCACCAAGACAUGGUCAGAUUGAAAAAAAAAACAUAGUGGAAUUCUUUUGUAUUUGUUUGUUAGAUUUCUUUUUCUUUUUUUGGGCAUUUUUGGGUUAUGUACAUUAGUCAUCACAAAGUUGAAUAUUUGGUUUGCCAGUUGGGUUUA